CAUUCAUCAGCGUUUUCGUCGGCGUCAAGCAUUGGCAUCAUCACUAUUGAGUUGUAAGAAGGAAAGGUUAAAAAAAUGGGUGGUCGUCUAUCGGAGUCGAAGUUGCUCAAAGACUUGGUUCUGUACGCGGCUAGCACAGCACUGAGUUGCUUGGUGUUGUUCGUGGGGCUCCGACAACUUGACCCGAACCGCGAGGCAUCAAAGAAAGCCCUUCAGCACAAAAAGGAUAUAUCCAAACGCCUCGGUCGUCCCCUCCUUCAAACAAACCCUUACGAGGAUGUGAUAGCCUGUGAUGUUAUUAAUCCUGAUGACAUUGAUGUUGAGUUUAACUCUAUUGGGGGACUUGAAAGAAUAAAGCAAGCUUUGAUUGAGCUUGUGAUUUUGCCUCUGAAAAGACCAGAGUUGUUUUCUCAUGGAAAGCUUCUUGGACCACAAAAGGGGAUUCUGUUGUAUGGACCACCUGGUACUGGCAAGACCAUGCUUGCCAAAGCUAUUGCUAAAGAGUGUGGUGCUGUUUUUAUUAAUGUCAAGAUAUCAAACCUCAUGAGCAAGUGGUUUGGUGAUGCCCAGAAGCUUGUGGCUGCCGUUUUCAGCCUAGCUGAUAAGCUCCAGCCUUCUAUCAUAUUCAUUGAUGAAGUUGACAGUUUUUUGGGUCAACGUCGUACAACAGAUCAUGAGGCUUUGUUAAACAUGAAAACUGAGUUUAUGGCUUUAUGGGAUGGAUUCACUACAGAUCAGAAUGCCCAAGUUAUGGUACUUGCAGCAACUAAUCGUCCUUCAGAACUUGAUGAAGCAAUACUUCGGCGUCUUCCUCAAGCCUUUGAAAUCGGAAUUCCAGACCAAAGGGAGAGGGCUGACAUAUUGAAGGUUAUAUUGAAGGGCGAGAGGGUUGAAGAAAACAUUGACUGUAACCAUAUAGCUGGCCUAUGUGAGGGUUACACUGGUUCAGAUCUAUAUGAUCUCUGCAAGAAGGCUGCCUAUUUUCCAGUUAGAGAACUGCUGGAUGAAGAGGAGAAAGGGAAAAGAUCUUAUGCACCUAGACCAUUGUCACAGUCAGAUUUGGAGAGGGCCUUUGCCACUUCACGGAAGACAAAGAUUGCUGCAAGUGAAUACAGUGGAUCAAGCACAGGGACACCAAGAUGGACAGGGAACAGGGAAUCAGGUGAUUAUGAGGUUCAAGCUGCAAUAAGUGAACUCUCUAAGUUUGUGCUGUCUCACAUGAUUAACCGCCAACCAGAUGCCGAGGAUCUUUAAAAUGCUUUCUUAGUUUGUUCAGAGCAUUCUCUUAUUGUCAUCUAGCCUAGUCCAAAUUGUAAAAGCAUCAUUUCCCAGUUAACUAAUUCUAGAACAUGUUAUUAAGCUUCAUAUGUUGAGUAUAAAAAAGCUUGAUAGGCUAUUGCUUUUUGUUGACUCUUUGAUGCAAUAGUCCUUCCUGUAGCACUUCUUAAUGUUCCUUUUAAGCAAGAUUUUUAUUGCUGAUGA